AUGGAGCCUCCUUCCGAUCAUGCACCACCAACUCAUGCGUCUUCUUUGUCCUCAGGGAUAAGCGAGGAGGUUGAAAGAAGAUACAACCUAAUUAAAAGUGUCGGUGAGGAAUGCAAAAACGAUGAUGAGCUGAGGGAACUUCUAGCUAAGAAGGCUACUCCUGUUUGCUACGAUGGUUUUGAACCAUCAGGAAGGAUGCAUAUCGCUCAGGGAUUAAUGAAGAUUUUGAGUGUGAAAAAAUUGACUUCUGCUGGUUGCCGAGUGAAGAUUUUGAUCGCAGAUUGGUUUGCGUUUAUGAACAGCAAGUCGUGGAGACGUGAUUUGAAGAAAAUAAAGGUUAUUGGAGAAUAUUACGAGGAGAUGUUUCAUGCCCUGCAUGCUGCUGGGAUGAUGGACAGUGAGAAUGUAGAGUUUUUAUGGUCAUCCGAUGUAAUUAAUGCUAAGGGAGAUGAGUACUGGACUCUUGUCAUGGACAUUGCCUGCAGAUACAGCCUCUCCGAAAUAAAAGGAUGUAUGCCUAUUGUGAGUCUUAGUGAGACAGAUGAGCUCCGUGCAGCUCACGUUUUGUACGUAUGUAUGCAAUGUGCAGACCCUUUGUUCCUCGAGGCAGAUAUUUGCCAGCUUGGGAUGGAUCAGCAAACAGUAAAUGAGCUAACAAGAGACUUUUGUGAUAAGUCUGAGAGGGGAAACAAACCUGUCAUCUUGUCUCACCAUAUGCUUCCUGGUCUUCUACAAGGGCAGACAAAGAUGUCUAAGAGUGAUCCUUCAUCUGCCAUCUUCAUGGAAGAUGAUGAGGGUCAAGUUAAUGAGAAGAUAAAGAAAAAAGCUUACUGCCUUCCGAAGAUUGUGGAAGGUAACGCAUGCUUGGAAUACGUCAAACACAUCAUUCUACCAUGGUUCAGUGAGUUCACAGUCGAGCGAGAUGAAAAGUACGGCGGUAACAAGACCUUCAAUAACUUUGAAGACAUUGCCGCUGACUAUGAGAGCGACAAGUUGCACCCUAAGGAUCUGAAGAAUGCUCUAGCAAAAGCAUUGAAUAAGAUACUGAAACCUAUCAGUAAUCAUUUCAAAACUAACGAUCGUGCCAAGAAUCUGCUCAAACAGGUCAAGAAAAUUCUCGAAGAGGUAGAGGAAAAAUACAAUAUUGUGAGGAGUAUUGGCGAGGAAUGCAUACAAGAGGAUGAGCUAAAGAAUCUUUUAGCCAAGAAGCCUAUUCCAAUCUGCUACGAUGGUUUUGAACCAUCAGGAAGGAUGCACAUCGCCCAGGGAGUGAUGAAGGUCACAAAUGUGAACAAACUGACGUCAGCUGGUUGUCACGUGAAAAUUUGGAUUGCAGAUUGGUUUGCUCAAUUGAACAGCAAGUUGGGAGGUGACUUUGAGAAAAUCGAAGUUGUUGGUGAAUACUUCAAAGAGAUUUGGAAAGCUGGUGGGAUGAACCCAAAUGUAGAGUUUCUUUGGGCUUCAAAAGAAAUUAGUAGAAGUGGCAAUAAGUAUUGGCCUCUUGUGAUGGAUAUUGCUCGCAGAUACAACCUACCGCGAAUCUUGAGGUGUGGGCAGAUCAUGGGACGUAGUGAGACCGAGGAACUAAAAGCAUCGCAAAUCCUUUACCCUUGUAUGCAGUGUGCGGAUAUUUUCUUACUUGAGGCUGAUAUCUGCCAGCUAGGGAUGGAUCAGAGGAAAGUAAACAUGUUAGCGAGAGAGUAUUGUAAAGACAUUAAGAGAAAAAACAAACCCAUCAUCUUGUCUCAUCGUAUGUUUUCUUUACAUAUUCUGCUCCUUUCAACGUGUUUUAAACUGUUGUUAAAUGGUUUUGUAGAUAUGCUUCCUGGUCUUCUAGAAGGACAAGAGAAGAUGUCCAAAAGUAAUCCAUCAUCUGCCAUAUUUAUGGAAGAUGAAGAGGAUGCUGUUAUUAAGAAGAUCAACGAUGCUCAUUGCCCACCAAAAACUGUGGAAGGCAAUCCAUGUCUUGAAUACGUCAACUACUUAGUUCUCCCACGAUUCAAUGAGUUCGUGGUUGAAAAUGAAACGAAUGGUGGUACCAAGACCUUCACAAGCUUUGAAGAUAUUGCUGCUGACUACGAGAGUGGCGAGUUGAAUCCUGAAGCUCUGAAGAAAGCUUUGAUAAAAGCAUUGAAUAUAAUGCUGCAACCUGUUCGUGAUCAUUUCAAAACCAAUGAGCACGCUAAAAAUCUACUGGAGCAGAUCAAGGCUUUUACAAUCACCAGGUGA